AUGUCCAAUCUGCCUUUUGCUGACCCGGCAAUCAUGCUGGCCACAGCGGCUCCAGCGGAAAACACAUCAAAGAAUACCCCUGGUGGCAAAUAUCCGGCCCACGUGGCUGACCAAUCUCUUUACAGCCGAUUAGAGCCUGGAAGCGCGUUAUCGAAACUACUAGACUCGGCCAUGGCCAACGCUGCCAAGGAGCUGACGCCCGAGUCCGAGGCACGCGCAGACGCCGUGUCGCCGGCACCAGCGCACCGGGUGUCGAUCCUGGAGUUUGUGCUGCAGAAGAAGACCAACGCCUACUCCAUUGAGUUUUUGCUUUCGUUGCGAUCUUCGGCAGCCGUGGCACAGUUUGACCUGCUGCAGCUCCCCGACGCGUCGUUCUGGGCGCUCAAGCUGGGCCGUCCGGCCAAGAAUACCGAGAAGGAGUCUCGCAACGGCGCCGGAGGAAGGAAAAGCCGCCGAAACAAUAAUACAUCUAACCAGGGCGUCAACGCGGCGUUGUGGGAGCGCCAGCCCAACGGAUUUGUCAAGAAUUCCGAGUUGGACACCAUGCUGGCCGAAAAAAUCUCGCAGCUCUUGGGCGAAACGCCUGAUGAGGCCGAACCAGAAUGGGAUACCCACGACUUGAAAGACGACCUCAAAAUGGAAAUGGGUCUGACGGUCGAGGACUUUGAGCGCUGGAAACGCAACAUGCGCCAGGAGGAGCGCAAGAAACAUGGCCUGGACUUGGCAGACGCUGGAAGUACCAACGAAGUAGACAGUUUCUUCUCCUUUGUCAAAGAAGACACGGGCCCCAAAGCCGACGCCAGGGCCAACGUGAAGGCCGCAGAAGCCAAGAGCUCGCGCUUUCUGUCGUUCUUUGGCGAGGAGCCCAAGGCCAAAGCUGCAUCUACCAGCAGCUUGAGCUCGACCAAAAGCGAGGGCCUGCGUUUCUUCACCGGCUCCAGCGACUCGCCUGGCCCCCAGAAUCUGCAGAUGGGCCGCAGUCUGUUGCCGCAAGUGCCCCAGGCUCCUUUCGGACUCCAGAACGGGCCACCAGGCCUUCAAAAGGGACCGCCAGGUCUCCAGAAGGGACCACCAGGCCUCCAAAACGGGCCGGGCCUCCAGAAUGGGCUGCAAAACACACCAUCCCAGAAAGGGCCUCCUCCUGGCCUCCAAAGCACGCCAGCGGGUCUUCCCAAUGCGCCUCCUGGCCUUCACAGCUCUCCUAUCCAGAACGCACCGCCAGGAAACAUGCCACAAGGCCCCCAGAGCAGACUCAACGAGCCCCAGCCGAACGGGCCUCCAGGACUUCACCAUCCAAACAUGCCUCCGGGAUUUCAAGGCCCAAACACGCCACAGGGCCGUUUCCAGCCUCCUGGACUCGUUCAAAACACGCAUCCGCCGCUCCCCGGCAUGGCUGGCCCCACCAACGAUACGUUUUUCCUCUCCUUGUUGAACAAGCGCCAAGACGGCCAGAACAGCCCCACGCAGGGCCCUCCAAACUUGCAGGCGGGUUCUGGGCCCCAGGGCCAAAUGUCGCCGGGCAUGCUCCGGAUGCAAGCUGGCCAGCCUCGCGAAACGUUCAAGGAAAAGCAGGGAGCGCCGGGAGCACCAGGAAUGGGCCCGGGAAUGUCGCCAGGCAUGGCUCCUGGCUUGCCCCAACAGUUCUACCCAUAUCCACCUCCACCAGGUAUGUUUCCUCCAGGAAUGGUGCCGCCUGGUGUUCGUCAGGGCCAGAUGCCAAUGGGCCAAAACGGCCCCCAGGGCCAGCCUAUACAGGGAUAUCCUCCGUUCUACGGUUAUCAGCCGGGAAUGCGGCAAGAUUUUCCUCCGCAACAUGUUCCACAGCAGAAGUAG